UUUUUUCUCUCGCGAGAUCUGCCAACACUGCGCGCGAGAACCAAACACGGCGAGGAUAAAGCAAGAUGGCUUCUGACGGUGAAGACAUUAUUGUAGUCGUCACAGUUAAGUGUUGUUAAUCUGUGCCUCCAUGUACACAUAUGUCCUUUAUUAGACUCUACUAAAUAGAGUAAACAUCGUUAUUAACUGUUUGCAUCCAGUUAUAUUAGUCUGAGCGCACUUUGAUGCUCCUCGAGCUAGCUUAGCCUGCUAGUUAGGUUAGCUUGUUAGAUGCUAAAAAAGAAACGCGGACGUUAUCAACACAUGGCUAAGUAGAGAUCAAAUGUGAGUGUGAAGUGUUGUGAUUGUGUGAAAAUGUGCGAAAGAACGAUAGCAAAGUAUGAGGAGGAACUUUGUCCAACACAAGAGGAGAAGGUGCGACACAUCAACUACUAGACGCUGGUUUCAAGAAACUUCAAGUUGUUUUACGCAGAACAGGUUUUCUGAUCCGGUGACGCUAAUAAUACCUCAUCUACGUAUAUCAGGUGUAGUGACGACUAUGACUGGUUAAAUAUGGAUUAGCAAUCACUUCAGGGUGUCGGGUCAGGACAGCAAUUAUUCAUUCAGACGUCUGUGAAGAACAUAUUCUCCCUGAGCAACAGAAGUGGAGCUUCAGGAUGGAGCCACAGCCCUCCCCCAUUGAAAAUGAAGAGGGACACCCACUGAUCCCCCAUUUUAAGGAGGAAGAGGAGGGCCCACCGAUCCCCCAUUGUAAAAAAGAAGAGGAUGACCCACUGACACCCCAUUUUAAAGAGGAAGUGGUGGAUUCACUGAGCCCUCACAUCGAGGAAGAGAAUGACCCACUGAGACUUCACAUUAAAGAGGAAGACCCACUGAUCCCUCACAUUAAAGAGGAAGAGGAGGACCCACUGACCCCUCACAUUAAAGAGGAAGAAAAGGAGUCACAGACCCCUCACACCAAAGAGGAAAAAGAGGAACACAGCAUCAGUCAAGAGGGAGAGAAUCUUAAAUGGUUGGAGAAGGUUGAUGUCACCAAGAUGCCAGUGAUUGGUGUCCAUGUGAAGAGUGAAGAUGAUGAGGUCAAAGGUGAAAGUGAGGAGAGGGGAGGGGGGGAGCCUCCAAGCAGCAGCUCAACACAACACAUAACAGAAGCUGAUGGAGACAACUGUGGAGGAUCACAAGCAGACAAGCUCUUAGCUCCACUAUCAGAUAGUGAGGACACAACGUCACACUCUCCUGACACUGAUGAUGAAGACUCUAAAGAUGAUAAGACAUGUCACACUGACAACACUCACUUCACAUGUUCUCUCUGUGACAAAACCUUUAAAUACCGUUGUGGUCUGAAAAGUCACAUGAGUACACACACCGGAGAGAAACCUUAUUCUUGCUCAUAUUGUGGUAGAGAUUUUAGACUAAAAGGCACGCUGAAAGAA